AUGGUCAAGCACAAGGCCUCGCCUCCGGCCGCGGUCCGCCGUCGCAUCGGCGGCGCCGGGGCGUCCGCCAUCCGGUGGGCGCUGCGCGUCGCGACUAGCAUCGUGGCCUGGACGCUGCUCCUCCACCUCUUCACCUUCCUCGGCAUCCCGCGCCCGCCGCUGCCCAUCGCGCGGCCGUCCUGCCUGGGCGGCCGCAGCAACUCCACCGCCGCCAACUCCGUGGUUGCGGCCGGCGAGGCCAGGCACCUGGCGCCCCCGGCUCUGCCUCACAGAAGGCUUUACAAGAGUAAUGGCUACCUUCUAGUUUCAUGCAAUGGUGGUCUGAACCAAAUGCGAGCAGCGAUAUGCGACAUGGUGACUGUAGCACGCUACUUGAAUCUCACCAUGGUGAUACCUGAACUUGAUAAGCAAUCCUUCUGGGCUGAUCCUAGUGAUUUUGGGGAUAUUUUUUAUGUAAAUCAUUUCAUCGAUUCAUUGAGGAAUGAAGUGAAGAUUGUCAAAGAACUCCCACAGAAGUUCAGUGAAAAAGUUCCUCUGUCAAUGCAACCAAUCAGCUGGUCUAGUGACAAAUACUAUUUGAGGCAGAUCUUGCCUCUAGUACGAAAACACAAGGUUGUACGUUUUAGCAAGACAGAUUCUCGCCUUGCAAACAAUGGCCUGCCUCUGAAGCUCCAAAAACUUCGCUGCCAUGUUAACUACAACGCAUUGAGGUUUACACCAUCCAUUGAGGCUCUAGGAAACAAGAUGAUCUCAACUCUCAGGAGAACUGGAUCUUUUAUUGUGCUUCAUCUUAGAUAUGAGAUGGAUAUGCUUGCUUUUUCUGGCUGUACACAUGGAUGUUCUGAUGAAGAAACAGAAGAGUUGACAAGAAUGAGAUAUGCAUAUCCCUGGUGGAAAGAAAAGGAAAUAGACUCUGAGAAGAAAAGGCUUGAGGGAUUGUGCCCCCUGACUCCUGGAGAAACAACUUUAGUACUCAAAGCUCUUGGUUUCCCCAGAGACACUCGAAUAUAUAUUGCGUCAGGUGAAAUAUAUGGUGGUGAAAAAAGAUUAGCUGUAUUGAAGACAGAAUUUCCUAACAUUGUGCGGAAGGAGAUGCUUUUAUCUGAUGAUGAGUUGCGACCCUUUCAGAAGCACUCAACUCAAAUGGCAGCACUGGACUAUCGUGUUUCUGUCGCAAGUGAUGUUUUCAUCCCCAGUAAUGAUGGAAACAUGGCUAAAGUUGUAGAAGGACACCGCAGGUUUACAGGCUUCCACAGAACCAUACAGUUGGAUAGGAAGAAGCUAGUUGAGCUUAUAGAUCUUUUCGAAGAUCAGGAGCUGUCCUGGGAAGAAUUCUCUGUUGCUGUCAAGGAGCUCCAUGGGGGCCGAAUGAGCCAGCCCACCAGAAGGAGAAUUAUCCCCGGACAACCAAAGGAAGAGGACUACUUUUAUGCUAAUCCUCAUGAAUGCCUUGGGCCUGCAAAAAAGCGAAGGGAUAGAUUAAAACAUAUGGAGAUUUGA